AUGUCCUGUGACAGUGGAGAAAUUGUCGGGUACCCCUGUGGAGAGCAGCAAGGCUCCACUUUUCAGCUGAGCAGCCUGAACGGAAAUGGGAAAUCUGCGGCGUUGCUGGAAGUCAGGGGGAAUUUAAGCAACAUGCAGUACUCUCCUGUGGCACUGGAUGCAGAACCAGUGAAUAAUGGCUCUGGGAUCCCCCAGGAGCCCCAGGAGGGCACCAGGGCUGCAGCCUUGGCAGAAGGUGAGGCCGGCAGGGCCCGCACACCGGGCUGUUUCCACAGCCGCUACUUGACCGCAACCAGCACCCAGGGAGAUGUCUACAACUUCCUGGAGAGGCCCAGCGGGUGGAAGUGCUUCCUCUAUCAUUUUGCUGUGUUUCUCUUGGUGCUGGUAUGUUUAAUAUUCAGUGUACUGUCUACUAUAGAGCAUUAUUCUGAAUUUGCCACUGGAACCCUUUUCUGGAUGGAAAUAGUGCUGGUUGUGUUCUUUGGUGCUGAGUAUUUGGUCAGGUUGUGGUCUGCAGGCUGCAGGAGUAAAUACGUCGGCUUCCAGGGAAGGAUCCGCUUUGCCCGCAAGCCCAUAUCGAUUAUUGAUCUCAUUGUGGUUGUGGCCUCAAUUAUUGUUCUGAGCAUAGGAUCUAAUGGGCAGGUGUUUGCUACCUCUGCAAUAAGGGGCAUCCGAUUUCUGCAGAUACUUCGCAUGCUCCACGUGGAUCGACAGGGGGGCACCUGGAGACUUUUGGGAUCGGUUGUUUUCAUCCACCGUCAGGAGCUCAUAACCACGCUGUACAUUGGAUUCUUGGGGUUGAUUUUUUCAUCCUAUUUUGUUUAUCUGGCUGAGAAGGAUGCGGUUGAUGAAGAUGGCAAGACAGGUUUCUCCAGCUACGCUGAUGCCCUUUGGUGGGGCGUGGUGACUGUCACCACAAUUGGUUAUGGAGACAAAGUUCCCCAGACGUGGAUUGGGAAGACAAUAGCUUCCUGUUUUUCGGUGUUUGCCAUCUCUUUCUUUGCCCUGCCAGCGGGUAUUCUGGGGUCUGGUUUUGCCCUGAAAGUGCAGCAAAAGCAACGUCAGAAGCAUUUCAACAGACAGAUCCCAGCUGCAGCUUCCCUAAUUCAGACCCUGUGGCGAUGCUAUGCAGCCGAGAAAUCCUGCAGCUCUACAGCCACCUGGAAGAUUUAUGUUGCAUCCCCCGUGCAAAAUCCCAAAAAGUCGGCAGCGCCAUCUAGCCCCGGUCUGAGAAAACAGGCUAGAAGAUCCAAAAGAAAAGGAAAGCUAGGAUGUGGUAAUGGUUCUGCACCGGCAAUAAACCCGGGAGAAAAUGCCUUGUCUGUGCCACAGAUCACUUAUGAUCACGUUGAUGAACAGGAGGACAAAAAAGAUGUGUCUUUCUACAUUGAUGAGCCCAGAGUGAAAGGACGUUUAGAAGGGAACACCCAGGACAUGUCACGGGCCAACAGCUUCACUGAUGACAUUGACCUCGUAUCAGAAGAGUCACCCCUGCCAGCUGUAUCCGAUGUGGCACA